UCUAAUACUCGCGGGGCAUGUGGCCGGAUCGCGCAUGCAGCGCAAGGAUUUCACUGUCUUAACGAACCGAACACCCGAUUCUUCAUGGGUCCUUGCCACAAGCAGGUUUAGGUGGUCCCUGUGCCUAAAAUACUGCGCUGAACAUCCUUCCCUGGUGAGGCAGUGAGUGGGACGACGCGGCAGCAGGGAAGAUGGACACCCUCGCUGCCCUGCUGCGCCUGCUUCUUUUCUGCAGCGCAGUGGGGGCGCUGUUGGGCUACUCCUUCCAAUUCCCGCAGGACCUCGAUGCCACCCCGAGGACAAGUGUGGGCUUCCACGACUUGCUGGGCUAUCGGCGUUUCAGCGGCUCAGCUCUGAACUACAGCACGCUGCUGCUGGAGGAGGAUGCUGGAGUGAUCUAUGUGGGAGCCAGGGGCGCCCUGUUCUCCCUGGACUCCAGUGACGUCGCCGUCGGCAACGCCCUCUCUAUUGAAUGGGACGCUCCAGCGCAGCUCAAGCAGGAAUGCCUGAUCAAAGGGAAGGAUAACCAGACUGAGUGCUUCAACCACAUCCGGUUCCUUCAGAGGUUCAACGCCACCCAUCUCUACAUCUGUGGCACCCACGCAUUCAGCCCUCUCUGCGCCUACGUUGAUGUUGCGCUGUUUAAGAUCUCCUCUGAGUUUGAGGACGGCAGGGAGAAGUGCCCUUACGACCCAGCGACAGGCUACACUGGCCUGCUUGUUGAUGGAGAGAUGUACACUGCCUCUCAGUUUGAGUUCCGCAGCUUGCCGGACAUCCGCCGAAACUUCCCCUCCCCUAUGCUGAAGACGGAGGGGGCGCCCACCCGCUGGCUGCUGGAGGCCGACUUUGUGGGGUCAGCACUGGUGAGGCAAAGUGCCCAUAGCUCCAUCAGAGAUGACGACAAGAUCUACUUUUUCUUCACGGAGAAGAGCCAGGAGCAGACAUUGUACUUCCCCCAGAACCGAGUCGCUCGGGUGGCCCGGGUGUGCAAGGGGGACGUGGGGGGUCAGCGCACACUGCAGAAGAAGUGGACAUCCUUUCUGAAGGCACGGCUGGUCUGCUCCUUCCCGGACUACAGGUUCCACUUCAACGUCCUGCGCAGUAUCUUCAUCUUGGAGGGCCCUGCCCCACAGAGCAGCAUACUGUAUGGAGUCUUUGGCCUGGAAUGGAAGAACGUCAAGGCAUCAGCGAUAUGCCAGUACUCCUUCGCGGAUGUGCAGAGGGCAUUUGAUGGACCCUAUAUGGAGAGCCAGGAUUCCACUCUGAUAUGGAGGGAAUACACAUCGACAGUUCCGGAACCCAGGCCUGGCUCGUGCAUCACAGAUAAGCUCCGGGCCACGGGCAUAAACUCGUCACGGGACCUUCCCGACGACGUGUUGGAGUUCAUCCGGAGGCACCCACUGAUGUUCCAACCCAUCCACCCCCAGGAGGGGCGCCCCCUGCUGUUCAAGAGGAACAUGGACUAUACUAAGAUGGCAGUGCGCAGAGUGACAGCUCUGGAUGGGAGGACGUACCAUGUGCUCUUCAUGGGGACAGAUGAGGGCUGGCUGCACAGGGCCGUGGAGGUCAAAGGUCACAUCCACAUCAUUGAAGAGCUGCAGCUUUUCGAGAAACCUCAGCCUGUCGACAGCAUCGUCAUCUCCGAGGCAAUGAGGAGCGUCUAUGUGGGCGCCCCCACUGGGGUUGUCCAGGUGCCCCUGUCCACCUGUCACAGGUAUGCCUCCUGCUUUGACUGCAUCUUUGCACGGGACCCUUCAUGCGCCUGGGAUGGGAAGAUGUGCGUGGAGAUGGACUCUCUCUCUGACCGAUACAACCUCACCCAGGACAUCCUGAAUGGGAACUCUGGCUGUGAGAACAGAACAGCAGAAGACUCUGUGCCGACUCGUACACGCUCUGUUACGGAAGGUGACGAUGUGCUCCUGCUUUGCGAGAUCUACUCCAAUCUGGCAACCCCGAGGUGGACCCUGAAUGGCUGCGAGCCACCGGACUACAGCGUGGAGUCAGGGUACCGCAUGGGCACCGAUGGGCUGCUUAUCGUCGGGGCCCGGGUGGAACAGGGCGGGGAGUACCGCUGCUUCGCCGUGGAGAACGGGAUCCAAGUUCCGGUGGUGAACUACAUGGUGAGGGUACUCUCCGGCCCACCCCCCAUCGAUCCCACGACAGCUGCGCCCUCCUCCCCUCACCGCCUUUCCAGCACACCUCCUGGCACUCCCAUGACCUCGGCCCUGCCCCCACCUCCGGUUCCCCUCCCCUCAGGCCCCAGGAUCCAGAUUUCCAAGACCCUGGAGGUGAUGUACCUCUCCCUGAUCGUCAUCCUGGCCGGGCUGUGCAUCGUGCUGACAUCAGGGCUGCUGUACAUGGUGUUCUGCAUGCCCGGCCGCAGGGGGAAGUACUCCCUGCAAGGCUCUGAGUCAGAGAGGAACAUGGAGCUCAGGACCAUCUCCAGCAACUGCAACGGUGGGCAGGACAGCGAUGCCAACGGUGGGCUCCUGCAGAUCGUCCCGGGGGAGGGCCAGGCGUCCCCUAAUAAGGAGCCACUGCCACCAGCGCCCCCUCUCCCUCCUCCCCUGCCCACCUCGGAGUACACCAACGGGGUCUCAGCAACCCUCCCCAGCGUGCUCCGCAAGAUGAAUGGGAACAGCUACGUGCUUCUGCGACAGAACGAUCCUGAGACCACCUCACCACUGUACCACUCUUUCACCGAGGAGCUCAACAAGAUACUGGAGAAGAGGAAGCAUACCCAGCUGGUCUCCAAGCCAGAUGAGAGCUCUGUGUAAUUCCCUCCCAUGCAGUGCCCCCUGUGGUGGGGAGGUCUAAUUGUAUUCUCAAUAAGCUUCUGCAACCUGAUGAAGUGCCCAUGGUCAUUUCUUCAUCUUCUAACCCCACUGUUGCAGCUGGUACUGGAAAGAGUGGAGGCUUUUGCAAGUGGUAGAUAUUGGCUUAUUGACACCACAUGAAGACAUUGAUUCUUCAAAUAGAUAAUAAAACUUUUAUAAAGAUGUUACAAUGACAUUACAAACCUACCUCAGCUGGCUACAGCUGAUAUUGUUUGGGUCGUGCCGAUGAAGGAGAAAGCCCAGACACUGCAACUCACAGCCUGUGCCCUGAAAUGCGACAGGGGGAAAAAGCUUUGUGUUGCACUGACACGGAAAUGCACAAACCCGGGACUGCAAACAAGGCCCAGGGUCUGGGCAGCUGUGAGGUGAGGAGGCUGAUGGGAAAUUUUUCCUCUAUAAAAUACCCUCACAGCAACAACAGUGAGCUGAGGCACAGCUGCUGUGCAAAAAAACAGAUGGCCAACAAGAAACCUUUGGAGAGUUUCAGAUACAUUGAAAACCAUACAUUGAAUCACCUGUUUGACUUGUUUUGAUGCUCUUACUAUAAGCAAUGUUUUAUGUAAAUGAGUACAUAACCAACACUAAAAGCAAUGACUGACUGAAGGUAGUGCUGGAGUUAAACUGAAAUGGAAAUGUAAUUCAACAACAACAAGUGUUUUUGUAGAUAUGUUUAAUUUCAAUGAGGUGGUGAUGUGUCUUUGACAAGGACACCAGUAUUAAUCAUGAGGACACACUUCAUGAGCCAGUGUCAUUGGGUCUUUCUGUCACCACUGAUUCUGGAAUUGAAUUGGUGGCUUGCAAUUCUGAGAGAAUACUGGAAUACGUACCUGCGAUUUGGGGAAUCGUGGAGGAUUGGAAAUUCAGCAGCAGUGAAGGGACGUGCUGUGUGCCAAAGAUUUUGGCCCCUGUUCAGGCAGGUGUGGCUCCAACAGGCCUGCACACUCCUCCUUCUGCAGGAGAGUGAGGCUGUGGACUCCUGGAGUGCCAAACCCUGGUUCUAAGCAUCCCACAUGAGCAGCGUGGAUCCUCACUAACCCGAUGCACCAUUGAAUAACCACCAGUAUUAACAAACCAAUCAUGCGCAUUCUAACAGUUCCACUCCCAGGGCAGUCUUAGUCAGCCCCAUCUGCUUGUAUGGGAACAGAGCAGCUCUGGCCCAACCAGUUAAACUCCUGCAUUGACUCCACCGGACCAGAGGGGGCACCAGAGAGCAAGUCUAAGGCUGACACUGUUGCUGUGAAAGCAAAAACCAGAGAUGAGUGGAGAGCUGACCCUUGAUGCCAGACCUAGUUCACCUCCUCUGCUGUCUGGUGCUGCAUUAGAAGUGGUUGCCGUGGCAAAAGAAACAGGAUGUGAAAGAACUACUUCGAGGAAUCUAUUUGCGGGAAAAUUGUGGCUCCUGAGCAUCUCAGCAAGGCUCGUGUUCUGAGUGCAGACUGAGCCCUACAGCCCGGGAUAAAAAUCAGCUGUCAUCUGCUGGCAAUGAUGCCCACAGUGGUGGGAACAGGUUGGCUUUGUUCCACUAGGGACAGGGGUGGGUAGGUUUUUCAGGGUUUUGCAUCUCACGAGUUGCAAUUUUGCAGGCACCUAUGAGUUGCUCGGGUGGCAUCAGUAGAGUUGCGCCCACUCCACACUGGGGUGCACUGCGCGGCCUGUAGCAUGAAAAGCAGCCGAUGGCUGAGCGUGAGUAUGGGGGAAGGUUGCAUUCAGUUUGCACUGCUGCAUGCGUGUGGACACUGUAACAGUGAGACCAGCCUCAAGCACAAUUGCCAAUCCGAGAAAAAAAGGUGGGGUUGCAAAAAGCAGAAGGAAAAAGCACAAAAACGUUAAUGGAAGUUAGCGCAUAUUGGGCAAGAUCUGGGAGAGAUGUGUAUUCCAGCCACAAGCUACAGCCCAAGGACACACAGGGCCUGGAUUCAUGUGGUAGGUGCUUUAUGCACAUUCUAAAGAACGAAGCCUUGUUUUGUGCUUCACUGAGUGGUGAAGACAGACAGAAACUAAAAGAUGCUUGCAGGUAUUUCCACAAAAGUCUUUUGCAAUACGUAUGAACUCCACAGCAUCAUAUAGAUAUCAUACAUAUUGAUAGAUACUUGUUACACCACAUUAUUUUGCCAAAAGUUGAACACAUUAGGCUUUCAGUUUGGAAAGCAUCCUUACAUCUGACUGUAUGUGAAUGAAACUGGCACUGUUUCACAUUUGGAUGUCAUCCACAAGGGGCUAUAUUUGGGGCUUGCUGAACUAUGGUCUUUUAGGAACACAUCCUGCUUAAAGGGCAGCUUCACUGAAAAUAUGAAAGUUAGAAUCAUGGCCAUUUACUGUACAGUAUAGCAGUUGUCCACAUUGAAAAGGGAGGAACCGGUGUCGCAAUAGAGAAGUCUCCACCUUCCCUUUACAGUAAUAUCUCAUUCACAUCAGCCCAUGACAUCCUCCCUCAUAAGUGAUGAAUGGGCACUUGAUCUCCAACUUCCUGUUACAGUACUGUUUUAUUUCUGCCUCUGUAUGAACCUGCAGAAUACAGCAACAGGUUGGCAUACUCAACCAGUUUGCUGUCGCUAUGGCUGAGUAUGCGCUCUGACUGCCAUACCAAGGAGCCUGGCUCUUUGGCGAUGCAGUCAAG